UUAUCUGUUUUUUUUUAUUAUUAUUUAGGGUUCACAAAUUCUUCGCAACGAAACAAACAAACUCUUCAAAGCCUCCUACAAGCUUUCAUCGAACUCUUUACCCUCAUUUUAUCUUUAUAGCCGUCUCUCUCUCUCUCUCUCUCAGUUCUGCUCUCUCGAUCCAGUUAUAUUUGUAUAUGUAUUCUAUGGUGACGGUCUAGCAUGUCCAACAAUCUGGUAUCUCAGCAGUUGUCGAUGCCUGGUAACCAAAUGGCUCAGCUAGAAUCAAUUUCCAGCAAAAUGGAUGCAUCUAUGUCCGUGGGAUUGAUGGGAUUUGGGACCAAUGAAUCUUUACAGCACCAGAUACCUUCAAAUAUGCCUAUUGGACAGAUGGGAUCCAUGUCAAAUGGUCUUGGGUCGCAGUUUUCCUCGAUGCCGAACCAGCAAGGUGGAAACAUCGAAUCUCAAACAUACACUCAGCUACCACAACAGCAGCAAGGUGGUAACAUCAAAUACCAAACAUAUACUCAACUACCACAACAGCAGCAAGGUGGAAACGUUGAAUACCAAACAUAUACUCAGCUGCCACAACAACAGCAAGGUGGAAACAUUGAAUCCCAAACUUAUACUCAGCUACAACAACAGCAGCAAGGUGGAAACAUUGAAUCCCAAACAUAUACUCAGCCUCCACAACAGUACUUAAUGGCUAAUAAGCAAGUAGGAAAAAUGACUCCCACAAUGUUGGAUAGCCCUAGGCCCCAUCAAUUAUCAACUUUGAACAAGCGCAAAGCCCCAAUGGAACCAAUUUCUCCCAAUUCUAUUCCACAAAAGUUAUCUUUGCCAAACAAACGAGUGGCACAAACGGAACACAGGCCUUGGCUGCAACCAAUGUCUGCACCUAGUCAAAGUCCUGUACAGAUGCAGUCAGUUUCCAACUCACCAGGUUCACAGCUUUCUCCAGCAUCUAAUAAGAGAUUGGUUCCAAGUAAAUCUGGGUCAUCAGCUCCAAGGAAUCAGCCUGCACAGACGCGCCCGUCACCAAGGGUUCAGGCGGAGUCAUCUGAAUCUGUGAGGUCCAAGAUGCGGGAGUCUUUAGCUGGUGCACUAGCCUUGGUAUCUCAGCAGCAAGCUGAAAAUGCGACACCGGAGAAGAAUUCCAAUGUUGAAGCCAUGGGUUCCCCAGUGAAGCGAGAAGAGGGUUCUCACCCUGUUGAUUCUGGUUCUGGUAAUUCAGAUGCUGUUCACUCUAUAUCUGCAGAACCUCAGGGGACAAUGUGCUCCAAUCAGGGUAGUUCUGCUGAUGGAACUAAUAGUGAUACUACACAAACAUUGCAAUAUGAUAGGAAGCAAUUUCAAUCAAGCAAUCUGUUACCUGAUGAGGAAGUUCCAUUUAGUGACAACAUUUUUGCUAGAGAUGAACUUUUACAGGGAAAUGGCCUUUCUUGGGUAUUAGAACCUGAAAUAGACAUGACAAAGAAAAAGGAAUUGGAAAUGGAUGGAAAACAAAUCCCAGAUAAUGAAAACGUUGAAAAAAAUGAAUUAGAGCAAUUAUUACCAUCUCCAGAGGAGUUGGCAUAUCAAAUUGAAGCAGAACUCUUUAAAUUAUUUGGAGGUGUGAAUAAAAAGUAUAAGGAGAAGGGUAGGUCUCUAUUGUUUAAUUUAAAGGAUCGUAACAACCCUGAACUCAGGGAAAGAGUUGCGUCUGGCGAAAUUCCCCCAGAGCGAUUAUGUUCAAUGAGUGCUGAGGAGCUGGCUUCUAAAGAGCUUUCACUGUGGCGACAAGCCAAAGCUGAAGAACUUGCUCAAAUGGUAAUUUUGCCUGAUGUAGAAGUUGAUAUUAGACGCCUGGUGAGGAAAACACAUAAGGGUGAAUUUCAAGUAGAGGUUGAACAAACUGACAGUUCUUCAGUGGAAGUUUCUGCUGGAACUUCAGUUACUCGGCGACCUAAAACUGAUGCAAAACAAGCUCCUAGGAAUAGUAAAACUGUUGGAAAGGAACAUGAAACAAAAACCGUAGGUGAAAAAAACAAGCUAGAAGACCCAAAUCUUACCAUUACCAUUCCUUCAAGUGAGGGUCCUGAUCCAAUGCAAGGGUUGAUGGGAGAAGAUGAAUUGAAGGAUGCGGAUUUUCUUCCUCCAAUUGUUUCCCUUGAUGAGUUCAUGCAAUCUCUUGAUUCAGAGCCACCAUUUGAGAAUUUGCCUGGUGAUGCUGGAAAGGCAACAUCCACUUCUGACAAGGACGAUUCAGAAGCUGGAUAUGACUCAAAGUCUUCUGGUCGAGCUUCACAAGAUCCUCCUGAAACUGUGCCUGAUAAACUUGUAAACACUGGUUCAAGUAAUCUGAAAUCUGAUUCAGAUGUCAAGCCGAAUGAUACUACUAUGAAAACAGAAACAGUAGCUUCUGUAGCCAUUUUGAAGGGUGAACGUGUCUGGGAAGGGAUGCUGCAGCUGAAUGUCUCAUCCAUGACUUCUGUUGUUUGUCUUUUUAAGAGUGGUGAAAAAACUAGCACAAAGGAUUGGCCUAGCCUUGUUGAAAUCAAGGGCAGAGUUAGACUUGAAGCGUUCGAGAGGUUCCUCCAAGAGCUUCCAAUGUCCCGGAGUCGGGCUGUUAUGGUGGUGCAUGUUGUAUGCAAAGAGGGAGCAACCGAGAGUGAUCAUGCGAGCCUUGUUGAGGCGGCUGAUUCAUAUAUUUUGGAUGAGAGAGUGGGUUUUGCUGAACCUGGCGCUGGUGUUGAAAUUUAUUUUUGCCCUCCAUACACGAAAACACUUGAAAUGGUGACCAGGAUCCUACCAAAGGAUCAACCUCAGCUUCUUAAUGCUAUUGAUAAUGGUCUAAUUGGUGUUGUUGUAUGGAGAAGAGCUCAAUUAAUUUCACCCAACUCAACUUCACACCAUAAACAUAACACCAAAAAGCAACAGCACUUCACUUCUAGUUCUAGGAAACCUCACGAUAAGGAUGAUGCUAUUUCUAAUGUGAAUUCUAAUUUCCUAUCAAAAACCCAUGUCGGACCUCCUCUCCAUUCUGUACCUCCUGAUGAUGAUGAUGAUGAUGAUGUACCCCCGGGAUUUGGCCCUGCUGCAUCCCGGGAUGAAGAUGAUCUACCUGAGUUCAAUUUCUCUGGUGGCUCGAACCCAUCAGGGCCAAAAUACCCUGCUGGAUACCAAUCCCAGCGAGUAGGGAUGGCUCCUCAUUUACAUUCUCAAACACCAUCUCGUCCUGUUGAUCAAAUGAGGGAGCUGAUACAAAAGUAUGGGCAACCAAAUAGUAAUGCACCCGUAGGGGUUCCGAUCCAACAGUGGAAUGAUGACGAUGACGAUGAUGAUAUACCUGAAUGGCAGCCUCAAACAUCCCAACAGCAGCAUCUGCAGCCUCCACCAAGCAAGGUUCGUCGUUUUCAACAGCCCAUGCAUGCACCUCAGCAGUUACCCCAUCAGGCAUUACCAGCUAUGCAUGUUCAAGGUCAACAUGGAAAUUGGUGGGUUCCUCCACCUGGUUCCCCUUCCCCAGGUCAACCAUUUGUUAAUGGAGCACAAUUUUACGGAACGACAGUAGGAACUGGGCAACCUGCCUGGCGAAAAGAUGCUCCCAAUAGUAGGGGCUUUUAGUUUUAAGUUCCAACUUUUUUGUAAAUCCAGCGUUCAUGUAGCUGUUUUAUUUAGACGCGCCCUAGCUUUUGUAUCCUUCUAUAAAUCUUUUUUCAUUA